CCAUGUUCCACCCACAGGCAGCAGCUCGUUGCCACACAUCCUUUCUAAUUACUGCUUAUAUUAUACAGAAGACUGCUUGUGCUGUUCCGAAUCAUGCAAGACUCUGUACCUGUGAAGGACCAGCGGAGGAAACAAUGGCACUAAGAGCCUGAGGGUGACUGAUCCAGAGAGCACCAUGUCGCUCUGGAUGGAAAGUAAGACAGCGAGGAGAGACUGAGGACAGGAUGGCGUACACACAGUUGGAACCCGUCAGUGAGGGUCUUCUGUCCACACUGACAGAUUUCCUGCUGUGCCGCCGGUCAUGCCGCUCAUGUUGGCAGUGGUGUUGGGAAUGUGCUUGCUGUCAGCCCAGCGAUGAGGAACUGGAGAUUCUUGGGCCCUUUCCUGCACAGACUCCCUCCUGGCUUGUACACGACUGUAACGAUGAGAAAGAUUCAAACUUUCACUGCAUGGGUUCGGAUCACAUCCCUCCAGACAACCACUACAGCAGCAGUCCCGGGUGUACCAGCCCGAGCAGCAGGUGCUCCAGCUCCGAGAACUCCAGAUCCACCUUCAGCCUGGCGCGCCAGCUCUCCAGUCUGGACUCACGACGGCCCAGCUCCCCUCUGGUGGACACCAAGCCUGUUGAAUUCUGGGCCAUGUCUCCCAGGAAGGAGGCGGUGCAGCCUCUCAGAAAACCCGCGCCUCCUCCGGACGACUACUUCCGCAAGCUGGAGCCGCGACUGUACUCGACGGGGUCCGUCGGGGAGGACGUGGACUCGCUGAGCGACGAGGAGCUGGUGCUGCGCUAUCAGCUCGGCCUGCUGCACUUCAGCAUGCAGUACGACCUCGUGCGCGGCCAGCUGAGCGUCCGGGUGAUCGAGGCGCGGGACCUGCCUCCUCCCGGCGCCGGCAUGGCGCACUCCAACCCCUACGUGAAGAUGAGCCUGCUGCCCGACCACAAGAACUCGCGGCAGACCGGGGUCAAGAGGAAGACGCAGAAUCCGGUGUUCGAGGAGCGCUUCACCUUCGAGCUGCCCUUCCUGGAGGCCCAGCGCCGGACGCUGCUGCUCUCGGUGCUGGACUUCGACAAGUUUUCGCGGCACUGUGUCAUCGGCAAGGUGACGCUCUCGCUUAGCGAGGUGGACCUGGUGAAGGGCGGGCACUGGUGGAAAGCCCUCGUGCCCAGUUCUCAGAAUGAGGUGGAACUGGGUGAACUGCUGCUGUCCCUAAACUAUCUGCCGAGCGCCGGCAGGCUCAACGUAGACGUCAUCAGGGCCAAACAGCUGCUCCAGACCGACAUGUGCCAGGGCUCAGAUCCCUUCGUGAAGGUGCAGUUGGUGUCUGGAUUAAAGCUGGUGAAGACAAAGAAGACGUCCUGUAUGAGGGGGACUAUCGACCCCUACUAUAACGAGUCCUUCAGCUUCCGGGUCCCUCAUGAGGAACUGAGUGAAGUCAGCCUCGUGUUCACAGUGUACGGCCACAACGUGAAGAGCAGCAACGACUUCGUGGGACGCAUCGUCAUCGGUCAGUUCUCCACCGGGCCAGCGGAGACCACGCACUGGCGGCGUUUACUGCGCUCCCAGCGUACGCCGGUGGAACAGUGGCACAGCCUCCGAUCUCGCGCCGAGUGUGACCGCGUCUCACCCGCCUCGCUGGAGGUCACGUGAUGCUCAAAAGGAGGCGGAGGUGGCAGGAGAGCCGGAGCGUUGUGGGUGGAACUUACAUGUGAGUGAGAGCGGUGGGUUUCGACUCAUCCGCCUGCUUCAGUGUUUGCAGACCCUGGACCAACGAUGGACCUAAAGGCCUCUGAGUGUUUUUCCCUCAACGCUGCAGAGCAGAAGGUUGCAUUUUCACUUUAUCACAUUGAUAUUAUUGUACAGGAGCUCAAUAACCUCACCGUCUCCGUCUCAGCUCAGGCCGGGAACCCAUGUCCUUACUUUUAUUUAUCUGAUUUAACCGUCAGUGUGAAGUCGUUGGAAAUCAAACCAAAAAUUAUGAUUUUCUUUUCUGUUUCAUGCUUUUGUUUCACACCAGGACCACCAGAGUUUUACAUUUUAAACACAUUUCACUGAAUGAAUCCGGCUCAGACGUGUUUGGUGUCUGGCCUGCAAGGAAGAAGCUUCAGCUUUUAUCAGCCACAUAUAUGGGCCAAAGAAUAAAACCUGUAUGAAUGUUGUAAUACUGAAUUACCCUUGACUUCUACAAUUAUAACAGGUUCUCCAAGUGGUUA